CAAAAGGACUUGGAUCCUCAUGCAGAUGUCACACAGAGCAGUACAUUGUUCUUUGAAGAGUUACGGGUCAUGAUAAGGAGGAGUAUGAGUGCUGGUGUAAGUUUUAAAGAUGAGGGGAAAGUAUGGCUGUUCGCAUCAUUGUUUGUUUUGUAAGACUAAAUAGCUUUUAGCAGUAGCACCCAGAGAACUAGCAUCACCUGUUCAACACCAAGGUUUAUCAAGUACACCUAUAGGCCUAUGGAGUCUGUUUAAAAGUAGGAUGUUUUUGCUGUUUGUCUUUGACUUUUGAAAAAAAAAAAAAAAAAAAAAAAAGAAAAAGUUAAACUACUCUUCAGUUGGCUCCUAGCACUUGACAGGAUAAUACAAUUGUUCCUGAUGUCAAGUUCCAGUGACUCCUAUAAAUGAGGGGUUGGGCACUUCUCUGCUUUGGAGCAGUGUAACUCUGAAGAUUAUUGACCAUUUUCUCUGAAGAAAAGUACAUUUAACUACACGAUGAGCGCAUCAGUGGCUGUGUAUAGAAAUAUAUACACUGAGGACCGGUUCAGACAAGCUUAUGGUACAGAAGACCAGUCUCGAGGCAGAGAGCGGCUCCGCGACAGACUCGCGCAAAGAUGCAGCUGUUCUCAGGUGAAGUGCGUUCACCUGCUCAAGAAGAGAGUGCCCAUCUGCAACUGGCUGCCAAAAUACAAGCUCAGAAAAUGGAUUUUAGGAGAUAUUGUGGCCGGACUGACGGUUGGAAUAGUACAUAUUCCCCAAGGCAUGGCCUUUGCUUUGUUGACAUCAGUGGCUCCUGUCUAUGGCCUUUACACAUCCUUCUUCCCUGUGGUUCUUUAUAUGCUCUUUGGCACUGGUCACCACGUUUCCACAGGUACCUUUGCUGUGUUGAGUCUUAUGACUGGCUCAGUGGUGGAGCAACUGGUUCCCACCCCACUUGCUCUAAACACCAGUAGCCCAGAGGCUGCAGAGUUUGAGGCCCAGAGGAUUGGGGUGGCAUCAGCCGUAGCGUUCCUCUCAGGCAUAAUGAUGCUCUGCAUGUGUGGGCUCCAGUUGGGUUUCCUCUCCACAUACCUCUCAGAACCGAUUGUAAAGGCAUUCAUCAGUGCAGCUGCUUUCCAUGUGACUGUCUCACAACUUCAGAGCAUGCUGGGAUUGCGGCUACCUCGAUUCACUGGUGCCUUCUCUCUUUUUAAGACUCUGGGUUCGGUGAUGGAGAAUCUGCCCCACACUAAUUUGGCUGAGCUGGUGAUCUCACUGCUCUGCCUGGCUGUCCUGGUACCAGUAAAAGAGGUCAACUCACGCUUCCGAGAGCGACUCCGGACUCCCAUCCCUGUGGAGAUCAUCACUGUAAUAAUUGCAACGGGAGUUACAUAUGCAUCCUCUCUGGAUUCCAAAUACGACAUACAGAUAGUAGGACAUAUUCCAGCAGGCUUCCCAGAGCCAGGGCUGCCUGCAUUGGAGAUGGUUCCAGAGAUUGCUGGUGACACAGUUGCCAUCACUCUUGUUGGCUACGCCGUAUCUGUAUCUCUAGCCAUGAUUUAUGCCGAUAAACAUGGCUACUCCAUUGAUCCAAAUCAGGAGCUUCUAGCACAUGGGAUUUCCAACACUGUGUCAUCUCUCUUCACCUGCUUCCCCAGUUCAGCUACACUGGCCACCACCAACAUUCUAGAAAGUGCCGGGGGUUACACACAGCUUGCAGGACUGUUCACAAGUCUGGUUGUUCUGAUUGUACUUCUGCUGAUAGGCCCUCUGUUCUACUUUUUACCCAAGGCAGUGCUUGCUUGUAUAAACGUGACCAGUCUGAGACAGAUGUUCCUGCUGUUUCAGGACCUCCCAGACCUUUGGAGAAUUAGCAAAAUUGAUUUUAUGGUGUGGCUGGUGACCUGGCUGUCAGUAGUUGUGCUAAAUGUAGAUUUGGGUCUGGCCAUUGGAGUGGUGUUCUCCAUGAUGACUGUUAUCUGUCGCACACAGAGGGCCAGCUGCUCAGUGUUAGGGAGAGCUGCCAACACAGAGAUCUACAGAUCCAUCGACAAUCACAAUAAAUGCUAUGAGAUCCCUGGAGUGAAGAUCCUGACUUACAAUGGGCCUAUUUACUAUGGGAACCGUAGCUUUUUCAAGGCAGAUAUAACUCAACUUCUGGGCCUCACCCCUGAGAGGAUACGGAGCCGAGAGAAAGCCAUGAAGGCAAUAGAGAAGAGAGAGAGUGAGGCCAUCAGCACUGUAGAACAAGGAGUUGCAGACAGUUCAUUUUCUUCAAAGAAUGACUUAUUCAGAUCAGAGAUGGCUGAGGGUGAGGUUCAGGCUGUGUUGAUUGACUGCAGCAGUGUCAUUUUUGUGGAUGUAGCUGGAGCUCGGCUAUUUGUACAGAUGUGCAUGGAGUGCCAGAAGAUUGGGGUACAGAUCUACCUGGCUAAUUGCAAUGUGAGUGUACUGAAGAUUCUCACAUCCAGUGGGCUGAUGAACUAUGUGAAUCCUCAACAUAUUUUUGUAACAAUCCAUGAUGCUGUGGUCUACAUACAACAACAGUGGGAGAAACCUUCAGAGAACAGCACAACAGUAUGGGUGUGAUUAAACAUAUGGACACUUUCAAAGUAAUUGAAAUUAAUUGUCUGGAAACAGUAGGACACCAUGAACCAGUGGAAGACUACAAGGGUCUCAGAGGGACUCCCAAAAUAAUUCCUAAACUCAACCACUGUAUACUUAUUUAGGCUCAUCAUACUAUUUGUAGUGUUUUUAGGGUGUACAGUAUGUUAGGGCCCAUGAAUCAGCACCCAUGAAAUGGUAGUGCUUCACAUUUAGACUUAGUAUUCAGAACAUUGCGCUCUAUUCUCAUACGACAUUGGCUGUUGUUUAGUUCCUGUGUAGAAAAUGAAAACAACAAAACUGAUGAAAAUACUGUAAUUUUAUUGAUUUGGUAUUUCUGAACAAUGGGGAAUCUUUUCAGUCUAUCAGAAGGUCUUGUUUUAGUUUACAAAUUAAACAUUUUGUUCUAUGUUUUCUGAGUGAGAGUGAGAAUGCACUGAGUGGCCAAAUGGUAUCUUAAUUAACAUAAAUGUCCUGAGCUUACAUAGUUGCCAUCUUUUACACCAUUUUAGAGAAUACAUAAUUGCUGUAUGUGAUAUUAAAGUCUAGAUCCAUAAGCUAUUUAUAUUAAUUAUGCAAUAUUCACAUCCUUGUUGAACUAAUUGGCAGUCGUUACACUGUCAUGUUAAAAGACUACUAUUUGUUUCUGUUCCAUUGGAGUGUGUAUUUUUUCCAAAGCCAGGUCAAAGGACAAAACUGAAUAAAUCAUAAAAUAAGAUUCAUUGAGAUACAUUUUAGUUUAAUAUAUCCUAUAUUCCUUUAAUUUACAGAGAUCUGGAUUAGUUAAAGGUCUUUGCUGUGGAAUGGCAUGCAAUAAUGAGGUUUGGUCAAGUCUAACUGUUGAAAUUACACAUUGCCAAUAAACUAUUGCUGACUGACUACCUAAUUAAAGCCCGUUAGUUUAGCCUAAUAAAAUUAAUGUAAAAAAAAAAAAAAAAAAAAAAAAAAAACAAA